AUGGCUGAACUUAAACGUUUGUUUGCUUCAUUAGAAAAUGCUGAAUUAGCUCGUGCUCAAAUUGAUGAAGAACAUUCAUCAAUACUUAAUCAAUUACAUGCACUUAGUGCACAUAGUCAUAUGGUUAAACAUAAAUAUUUAACAACUAUGAAAGAUACAUUUACUUCUAAUCUAUCUCGAUAUCGUGAUGAAGAUCUUCGUGUACGUAGUACUAAUUUAAUUAAAGAAAAAACAAUUCAAGUUAAAUGGCCAAUAAUUAAUAAUAAUGAAAAACAAACAGAAAAUCUUUUAAUUUUACAACAAAUUAAAAAUUUUGAUAAUGAAAAUGAAAUUCCGCCACCAUUAAUUAUUAAUAAUAAUCAAGCAUAUUUAAUUGAUAAUUUUGAUUUAAUUAAACAACGUUAUUCAUCAUUGGCUGAUUUUAAUCUUUCUCGUGAUGGCAAACAAUUACGAAUUACAUUCAAACCACAUAAUAUAUUUGUCGUAUUGGAAGCAAUUACAAAUGGUCGACAUGGACAAAGUUGGAAAAUUAUUGAUUCAAUGCCUAGUCUACCAUCAUUUACUCAACUUAAUACAAUAAUUCGACAAAGUAAUAAUCUUACAGCUGAACAUUUAUGUCUUAUACGAGCAUGUUUACUCAAACAACAAAACAUAAAUGAAUAA